UGUGGCAGAAACCGAAGCGUGAACGGCGGAUGAAACUUAUCGUUCGGCUGGCGACGACGACGAAUUUCACGUUCCCGGCGUUAACAAUCAAUCCCCCCCUUCCGCCUCUUCUCAUUUGUCGGCCGGAGAUUUCUACUUCUAGUGACUUUAUUCAUUCUCUAUAGGGUUUAACUCUGGUCUAAGAUCCCCCUUCAUUCCAACUUAGGGUUUCCAUUGUAUAUUGAUAAUUACUUCUAUCUAAGAUGUCGAAGAGAAAGUUUGGGUUCGAAGGAUUUGGCAUCAAUCGACAAACUACGUACAACUUCGAGCGUUCGCAGCCUCCCAAGAAGCUAUACGUCCCUCCUUCAUCGCGUUCUGGCGGUCAUGACCAUUACGAAGACACCGACCUAGACAACAUCGAUUAUGAUGAACGAGACGCCUCAAAUGAAGCCGAUGUUAAUGCUGCCGAUGGAGGAAGCGGGGGAAAUGACGAUGAGGUGGACCCUCUAGAUGCUUUUAUGGAGGGAAUUCAUGAGGAGAUGAAAGCGGCUCCCAAACCGAAGGAAGAGAAGAAGUUGGAGAAGUACAUGGAUGAUGACGAGGAUGAUCCUCUUGAGAGUUUCUUGAGGUCGAAGAAGGAUGUUGGGUUAACGCUAGCUUCUGAUGCUCUACAUGCUGGUUAUGAUUCAGACGAGGAAGUUUAUGCUGCUGCAAAGGCUAUAGAUGCUGGAAUGCUUGAGUAUGAUUCUGAUGACAAUCCAGUUGUUGUUGAUAGGAGAAAGAUUGAGCCUAUUGCAGCAUUGGAUCACAGUUCAAUAGACUACGAGCCCUUCAAUAAGGAUUUUUAUGAAGAAAAACCUUCAAUUUCAGGCAUGAGUGAGCAGGAGGUUGCUGAAUACAGAUUAAGUCAAGCUAUUCGAGUUUCUGGAUUUGAUGUUUCUAGACCAAUUAAGACAUUUGAAGACUGUGGAUUUUCUUCUGAGUUAAGGAAAGCUAUUUCAAAACAAGCUUAUGAAAGGCCUACCUCAAUUCAGUGCCAAGCUUUGCCUAUUGUUUUGUCUGGAAGAGAUAUCAUUGGCAUUGCAAAGACUGGUUCUGGAAAAACUGCAGCGUUUGUGCUCCCCAUGAUUGUUCAUAUAAUGGAUCAGCCAGAACUUCGAAAGGAGGAGGGUCCCAUUGGAGUGAUAUGUGCACCUACUAGAGAAUUAGCCCAUCAAAUAUACCUGGAAGCGAAGAAAUUUUCUAAAUCCCAUGGUAUACGUGUAUCUGCAGUUUAUGGUGGGAUGUCCAAGCUUGAUCAGUUUAAAGAACUUAAGGCAGGAUGUGAGAUAGUUGUUGCUACCCCUGGAAGGUUAAUAGAUUUGAUGAAGAUGAAAGCCCUUACAAUGUUUAGAGCGACUUACCUGGUUCUGGACGAGGCCGACAGGAUGUUUGACCUUGGGUUUGAGCCACAAAUUAGGUCCAUUGUGGGCCAGAUUAGACCAGAUAGGCAAACAUUACUUUUUUCUGCAACAAUGCCUCGCAAAGUUGAAAAGCUUGCGAGAGAAAUUCUAUCUGAUCCAAUAAGAGUUACAGUAGGAGAGGUGGGAAUGGCUAAUGAGGACAUUACUCAAGUUGUUCAAGUAAUUCCUUCCGAUGCUGAGAAGCUGCCUUGGCUUCUUGAUAGACUACCUGGACUUAUUGACAAUGGUGAUGUUCUAGUUUUUGCUUCAAAGAAAGCCUCAGUGGAUGAAAUUGAAUCACAAUUGUCCCAGAGGAGCUUUAAAGUUGCUGCUCUUCAUGGUGACAAAGACCAGGCUUCUAGAAUGGAUAUAUUGCAAAAAUAUAAAUCUGGACUCUAUCACGUAUUGAUUGCAACUGAUGUUGCUGCCCGUGGUCUUGACAUCAAGUCCAUUAAAUCAGUUGUGAACUUUGAUAUAGCUAAAGACAUGGAUAUGCAUGUCCAUCGAAUUGGAAGGACUGGUCGUGCUGGUGAUAAAGAUGGAACUGCCUAUACUCUUAUCACACAAAAAGAGGCAAGGUUUGCCGGCGAAUUGGUUAAUAGUCUAGUUGCUGCGGGACAGAAUGUUCCCACGGAAUUGAUGGAUCUUGCCAUGAAGGAUGGGAGAUUCAGAUCCAAACGCGAUGCAAGGAAAGGAGGUGGCGGUAAAAAGGCUAGAGGGAGGGGAGGUGGUGGUGGUGGUGGAGGUCGAGGUGUUAGGGGUGUGGAUUUCGGUUUAGGUAUUGGAUACAAUCAAGAACCUAGUGGUGGUGGUUCGUCAAGUAAUUACACUGCUGCUGCACCUGCACCAGGCCGAUCAGCUGCUGUCAAUUCACUAAGAACAGGAGUGAUGGCUCAGUUCCGAAACAGCUUUGUGGCGGCUUCUUCAGCAUCUAAUCCUCAAAAUCAAGGUUCGGCUAAUAACAAUAAUAGAAUGGCCUUGCCCGGUUUCGUCUCUGGUGGUACUAUUGGUGGGGGAAUACACGUUUCCAGGACAAAUACUUCACAGCCUCUUCCUCCUCCUCCUCCGGGUCCUCCACCUCAAAGUUCUGGGUAUAAAGGAGGAAGAGAGAGGCGAAGGGCCUCUGGGUGGGACAAGUAGGUUAAUAGAGAAAAAGAAGAGUAAUAUUAUAUGCUUGAUGUAUUGUUAUGUGAUUCCUCUUCAAAAUUUGAUAUUUUAUUUUGUACUAUUUUGUACUGGUGUCUCAAAGGCCAAGGGCCUCUAGACAACUGGAUGGAGUUCAGUGUCAUCUUUGGUCAUAGGUUGCUUGUUUUGUUCUCAUCUCCUCUAUUUAUUUCAGUUUUCUGUAAACCACAAUUGUGACUUCAUUGGCCAGCAUCAUUUCUGUC